AUGUUUUUAUUGAUACUUAUUUCGAUAGCGUUUGCUUAAAUCUAAGAAAUAGAUUGCGAUGUAAUCAAUAGAUUAUUAUAAAGAUGUAAAAUAUAUGUAAUAAUUUAGAAAGAAUAUGAGAUAAAAUAACCAAUAAUUUUAAUGUUUUAUUUUAAGUAUGGUGCAAUUUAUUAAUAAAUCAAAUCAACUUGGUUGUAAUAAAUAUUUUUAAUUUAGACAAUAUUCUCUUACAUAUCCUUAAUAUUAAUAUAUGUAAUUAGAUAUGAAAGAAUAUGCAGAAUAAUGUAUUAUUGGAAUUUUUGAGCAUAAUUAUCUUCCAUAUGGAAUAUACAUAAAUGAUAAAUAUGAAUUCCACGCUGAAUUAAUUAGAGAAUCAAUUCAGCUGAAGGAAUAUUUAGAAUAAACAAGAAAUUUUAAUUUUAACCCCUUACCUUAAUUCAAUAAAUAUAGAAAAUUGUAGAAUUUGCUUACAAACUACAUAUUUGUAAUAUAAUUAGUAAAUUAGAUAUAAAGUAUGAAAGCGAUAGGAGUUAUUGCAUUUGUUAUAUUUGCUAUUUGGCUUAGAUUAUAAAUAUAUAAAGAUAAAGAUAAAGAUAAGGUGGAAUGA